AUGGCUACAUUAUUGCCUGCUAUGGCAUUUCUAAUUCACAAAUUUAUAUACAGACAAGAUGUUAAUACCUACUAGAUACAUGAGAAGUAUGAUACCUUCCUAGAAGCCUUGAAUUUACUUGAUCUCUAUCCAUACAAUCAAAAGAAAAGCACAUUGGUGGCAAAAAGUGAAAAAUCAAUUAAACCAUUUGUGAAAGCAGAUAGACUAGAUGAUGUGUAUCGAAUAUACUUGGGAGUCGCUAUAUUCUAUUAUCUCUCUGAUGUUAUGGUAAAGAUGUAUGAGUUUGAAUUCCCUAAUGACUAUCUGGAUUUAUGUUAAUUGGCCUUCUUCCUACAUCACAUUUUUACCCUUUUGAGUUUUAAGUCCAUCUUUGUGAUUGAUCAUUAGCCUUGGUUCCUUGUAUUUCCUACAGCAUACCAUCCCAUGAUGGUAGUUUUUCCAAAAUUCAAACUGAACAAUCCCAUUUACAUUACCUCUGUCGUGUGCUGGAUGUAUGGACUAACCAGACCUGCCUACUGGGAAACAAGAAUAGGAAGAUCUUUGUUUAUGAUUUCCUGCUUUUUGAUGAUCCCUAUAUCAAUGCUAUGGCUGGGUACAUGCAUGUCUGAGUUUUAAUAUGAAAUGAUUUGA